AUGAACGACACCAAAGAAGUAUACCCGCGCGAGGAGGAGAUUGGGCUUGAGAAUGUGAGAAAGGUGUCUCUGGAAGAAAUUAUCAACGAUUAUGAGACUACCGGCUCAUCGCUGUCCCCGAACUAUGUUGCCAAAUUCAAGCGGGUAUUUCCAUACUACAAAGUCGCUACGCUUGUUCUCGUAGGGUGCUUUUUCACCGGUUGGUGGCUUUCUAUCAUCAUACAAAAGGAGCAGAGACACAAGUGGUUGAUUCCAACUGUUUUGUACAUUUUGCUCAUGAUCCGUCUACUUUCGUGGAGAAACAGAUGGUUGAAGGUCCUUUUCAGUUAUGUUCAAAAGGUGUGGUACUUUUUCUGUGACAUUGUGUAUGAGCGCUUGUUGCCCCAAAGAAAGUAUCGUCUUCUUGCAGGUGCCUCUAUCACGCUUGCAGUCAUUCUUGUCGCAACUUUUGUGAGUCCCGAAACAUCAUUUUCGAAAAGAUCCGAUAGAGCCAUCUCUUUCUGUGGAUUGGUAGUGGCCAUCUUCGGUUUGUGGGCCACAUCCAGAAAUAGAUCCAAGAUUGUGUGGAAUGCCGUCAUUGGCGGAGUUUUGAUGCAAUUCAUCGUGGCCAUUUUUGUGUUGAGAACAAAGGCAGGUUUUGACUUCUUCAACUUCAUAUCUGUGUUGGCCAGAGAGCUUCUCGGAUUUGCAAAGAGUGGUGUUGCUUUCUUGACCAAUCAGAAGGUUUCCGAAAUUCCAAUGUUCUUCUUCAUUGUUCUUCCUGCCGUGGCAUUCUUCGUUGCAUUCAUCCAUAUUUUCUACUACUGGGGAGUGGUGCAAUGGUUCAUCCGUAAAUUUGCGCUGUUCUUCUUCUGGGCUUUGAGAAUAUCGGGAGCCGAGGCUAUUACUGCUUCUGCUUCUCCAUUCAUUGGUAUUGGUGAGUCUGCUAUUCUUAUUGUCAACCUUCUCCCAUUUUUGACUAUCGCUGAGUUGCACCAAGUCAUGACCUCAGGUUUCUCCACCAUUUCCGGUGCCGUUUUGGUUGGUUACAUUGGACUCGGUUUGAGUCCUCAAGCAUUGGUUUCUUCCUGUGUGAUGUCGAUCCCAGCAUCUAUUGCAGUUUCUAAGAUGAGAUGUCCAGAAACAGAGGAGUCUAUCUCGAAAGGAACUGUCAAAUUUGCCGAGGACAUGGAAGGCGCAGAUAAUUCUAAAAAGCCCCAAAAUGUAUUGCAAGCAUUCUCUGAAGGUGCUACCUUGGGUUUGUACACUGCAUCAACCAUGUUGAUUCAAUGUUUGUGUAUCAUCGCAUUGGUGUCUUUGAUCAAUGGACUCCUCACUUGGUUUGGCAAUUUCUGGAACAUCAAAGACUUGUCUUUGAAUUUGAUUUGCAGCUACAUCUUCUACCCGGCCACCUUCUUCCUUGGUGUUCCAAGAAACGAAAUCUACACAAUCUCGAAGUUGAUCGCAGCCAAGUUCAUUCAAAACGAAUAUGUUGCGUACGACAUGUUGAUCAACGAGGCUCCAUACAACCAAUUGUCCGAGAGAGGUACUUUGAUCACCACCUACGCACUCUGUGGUUUUGCCAAUUUGGGCUCCGUUGGUAUCACUUUGGGUGUGUUGAACACCUUGAGUAAGGGCAGAAGAGCCGCAGACAUUGCGAAGAAUAUCAUUUCAGCAUUAUUUUCAGGAUUCAUUGCUACGAUGAUGAGUGCUGCCGUGUCGGGCAUGUUGAUCAACGACUUGAGCAUUUUCGCCAAAGCCUCGUCACUGUAA